CAAAUCGCAAAAUUGAUAGAAAAGAAAGACCAUUUGACCAAGAAAGGAAUGAAAAAAAUUCUUGAAUUACGAGAAAAAAUGAAUAAUGGUGGCAAGCAUAGAUAUUCAAACUGUGAGGCUUGGACGCCAGUUCAAGCGGAGUCAAAAGGUGAAAGACCACUCUUAUUAGCAGAAAAUUCUAACUUAUCGGUUUACAGCCGAAAGGACAGUGUUUGGUAUAGAAAUCCUACGGUGAGCGUAAAGGCAAAAGGAUGCUUAACUGUGAGACUAACAAGUCGAACAGAUGCGAAAGCAGGACUUAGUGAUCCGGCGGUUCUUAGUGAGACCACAUCGACGGAAGUGUUUGGCACCUUAAGACAUUGGGGUGAAGUUGUAGAAAUACAACCGGAGAAUUUGACUAUAUGCUGGGACAUCCGUUUCUUAAAUGGAUUAGAACUAAUUGAUAUUAAUUCAGUUAGUGCGGACAAUCAGCAGGAAACCAAAGGCAAUUUUUUGCCAAGAAUGAUUCCACAAGUUAGAUUACGUGCCGAAAAUGUCGGAGAUAAAAAAACAAAAGUCGUUCCCAAGUUAAUACAUCGUUUUUUAACCGCUAGAUCCUUAGCCUAUUGGUUUAUGGAUGAUGGCUCUUAUCAUGUUGAUAAAUUUGGUAAUCGACAAUAUUAUUUAAAUACUCAAAGUUUUAGUUCCUACGAACAAAAAAGGUUAGUAGCGGCUCUAAAUACAAAAUUUUCACUAAAAUUCAACGUUCAUAAGGACAAAAACAAAUAUCGUCUUUAUUUAAAAUUUGAGUCUAAGAAAAAAUUUUUAGAGUUGAUAUCCCCUUUUAUUUUACCUUCAAUGGAUUACAAGUUGAAAGAACAA